CUUGUCUCUGCCUCGAUGGCUUCCACGGCGGCGCAGCCGGUGGUGUUGGUGACGAACGACGACGGCAUCGACGCGCCGGGGCUCCGCUUCCUCGUCGACCAGCUCGUCGCCCAGGGCCGCUACCGCGUCCUCGUCUGCGCGCCCGACACAUUCUGCGGCGGGAACACCUGAAGACGCGCUGGUUGUGAAUGGGGAUUUCCGGGGAAGAAGUAUUAGCAGAGAAACAUAAAAAAGAUGGAAGAUUUUUUGAUUGGAAUUGUUUAUUCCCCUUCCCCUAUUUAACAUUUUUUUCACCUGGUAAGAGAAAUCAUGUAAACGGGAAUAUAUUUUCUUGUUAUCUUUGUAGUAAAACCCUGUGCAUGCAGCAAAUGAUGCAGUUUUCUUUGAAAAUAACAGGACAAUUUAGAUGUUGUUCCUAUUACUAAUUUAUGUCAAAUUACACAAAGAAGUGUUACCUUCGAAGGAACAGGAGAAUUUGGAUGUUGUAGAACUGAAACGAGUGAUUGGACAUUCGAAAUUCCACUGUUCCAGGUGUUUACUGCAGUUCCCUGUAUUCCAUGGUGGAUCAUGUUUUUGUUUGAAAAACUAAGUUGAACCAGAUUUAUAAGUAUCAGCACCCCAUCUCAUUUUAGCAACCAAUCAUCCCUCAAACUGAAGGGUUGAACCAUAUUCGGAUAAGGAUUCCGGUCGUAAAAUCUGGUUCAAUGUGCCCAAGUUGUUAAAAGUCUGGCUCAACCUAUCACUUUUUUUCGGGAAAUAGAAAGGGUUUUGCCCUGAGGGAGUGGUACAACACAAUAAAGCCGGCUCAACCUAUCAUUUGCAACAAAUACAAUCUGCCCCGUGCGCAAAACGUAGAAUCUUGUCCUGGUGCAGCAUAUUAUUGGCUCAUUAGCUUCAGUCAUUCAAGUUGCCAAUUUGUGUUCAAUAAAAUAUGAUUGUCGGGCAACUUUGAUUCCGAAGUUAUAAAUCAGAUUCUGUAAAAAAAACAGUACAAGUCAGAUAAAAAAGAUGCAUUUAUGGUUCAGUUAGGGGAUGACUUUCUUUGCAAAAUAAUGACUCCAAACGGUGGUGCUGUAGAGAAUAAAACGGAUUUGGUGCAAUUAUGUCUUCAUGUGAAGCAAAGAAUGGUAGACCGGUCAGGUGUUAGCCACUGCAUUACAUGGCGUUCUCCACUCCGCUGUAAACGUGUUGAUAUCACUGGUGCUGCAGCAUUUGGAGUUUCAGGAAAUCCUGCUGACUGUGCCUCUUUAGGCAUCUCUGGAAAGCUCUUUGAUGGUUUGGUUCCUGAUUUGGUACUUAGCGGAAUCAACAUUGGCAGCAAUUGUGGAUUCCAUGUUGUAUAUUCUGGAACAGUUGCUGGUGCCAGGGAGGCAUUUAUAUAUGGGUUUCCUGCAUUAGCUAUGUCAUACAAUUGGGUUGCUGGUAAGAGCAGUGUUAAUGAUCUGAAAGUGGCUGCGGAGGUUUGUAUGCCUCUGAUAAAUGCUGUCAUGGUCGAGAUCAAGAAUGGAACGUAUCCUAAAGAAUCGUUCCUAAAUAUAGACGUGCCAACUGAUGCUGGACAUCACAAGGGAUACAAAAUUACAAAGCAAGGAAAAUUUAUGGCCAGAAUUGGAUGGGAGCCAACAGCUUACAAGAAGCCUGCAGUAGAAAGUUACCAGACAGCAAACGUGAAUGCUGACACUGAAAAUGACAUGGAAGUAGAUAGUUCAUCGGAGAAUGACCUAUUGUUUAAAAGAGUGAUAGUGAAGAAAAGUUAUGAUGAAGAGGAAGGAGAUGACAUAGACUACAAAUCCCUUGUAGAUGGAUAUAUUACUGUUACUCCUUUGGGUGCUCACUCCCGCGCAGAAGCAGAUGCCAUACCUUAUUACAAAGCAUGCUUGUCACGUAUCUGAAGGUGAGCAUGAUACUUUGGAGGCUGGCCAAACUGAUACUAUGGAUGACAUCUCCUCAAAUCGCGAAGAAAAUCUACACCAAUUUAUGCCAUACUAGUAGAUGCUGAUGCUGUAUUUGCCAUGCUAUGAAUCGCGGCAAUUCAUUACAUGUCUCAAGAAACACUGGCUAUUCCUAACCAUGGUUUUCAAUAAGUAAUGGUGUUAGCUGUCUCCAAUCAUUCAUGUGAAUCUUAUCAUUUCAACUGCAUUUUAUUCUGUACCUGACUACCUUUUGGGGGGAACUGCCUAGUUAGUACUUAGUACUUGCCAUAUUUUAGCUGAUUCUAUUUCGUUUGGAAUACUGUUACAGCAAUAUGGAGUUGAGAUACAGAUUAAAUAUCUGAUAUAAUUAGUAGACUUGUGUGUUCAAA